CAGCAAAUAAAGAUACGGAUACAAUCAACAACAACAGUUGCAAAGCAAAUCCAUUGUUCGGAGCGAAAUGAGGCUUCAUUUGCGAGUCCUUCUGGCGUUUUUCGCAUUCUGCUCGGCAAUCUACAGCUCACAGGCCUACAAACCGGUAGUCAUUCUACAUGGAAUCCUGUCCGGAGCCGAAUCAAUGUCAUCUCUGGUCCGGGAAAUCGAAGAGUUUCAUCCUGGGACUAUUGUUUACAACUGCGACAAAUUCAGUGGUUGGUAUAGUUUGGAGAACGCCUGGCGGCAGGUUGACCAAGUAAGGGAUUACCUCAACGAAGUGGGCAAGCUUCAUCCGGAGGGCAUUAUAGUGUUAGGAUACUCACAGGGCGGCCUUCUGGCCCGGGCGGCCAUCCAAAGUCUGCCCGAUCACAAUGUGAAGACAUUUAUAUCCCUAUCUUCACCACAGGCGGGACAAUAUGGAACUAGCUUCCUGCAUCUGAUAUUUCCCGAUUUGGCGGCAAAGACGGCUUUUGAAUUGUUCUACUCACGAGUGGGUCAGCACACUUCGGUAGGUGGCUACUGGAAUGAUCCUCAGAGGCAGGAGCUAUACAUGAAGUACAGCGAAUUCCUCCCUCUGAUUAACAAUGAGAAGAAGACCUCCAAUUCCACAUCCUUUAAGAUGGGUAUGGUGCGGCUCAAUAGGUUGGUGAUGAUAGGCGGGCCUAACGACGAUGUGAUCACCCCCUGGCAAUCCAGCCACUUUAGUUACUACGAUGAAAAUAUGGAUGUGAUUCCAUUCAUCAAACGAAAGAUUUUCACUACCGACUCCAUCGGCAUAAAGACUCUGCAGGAGGGUGGGAAGCUCAUCAUUGUGAUUAAACCACAUGUUCACCAUCUUGCCUGGCACACUCGGAAGGAUGUCAUCCACGAAGUGAUAAUGCCAUAUCUGGACUGAACAAAUAACCAAUAGAACAUUCAUAAUAGCACUGAAGCGAUCAAAGGGCUGUGAUCGAAAUGGCGGAGAAAAGCUCGCUCUCAUCAAUAAGCAUUAUUGUGAAGUUGCUACCUGGCUGACAGGCUACUCAAAUGAUCUUUUAUCGGUAAUUUAGCUAUAGAUUGUUUACAAUCCCUGUAGAUUUCAGGGGAGAUUUAUACAAAUUGAUUAGAUAUUAUAUAUAUUAUUUAGGUAAAUAUGAGUAAAGUUAAGUGGUUGAUAUGAUAC